GUGGGCAGCCGCGGAUGGGACACAAGGCGAAGGUCAUCCGUAUGAAGGUGAAGAUGUGGCUUCAAAGUUUGGAUCAAAAAGACACAGACAGAGAGAUGAUUCCGGACAUUGUCGAGGAACUGUGCGGCUGUCUGGAGGAAGUUAACAACGAUCCGGACCUUCACGAGUUGAAGCCUCUGAAGCAUUCUGCCGUUGAGGCGGUACGCUCCCUCCUUGUAGGUAGAAAGCUGAACACCUACAACGAUCGGUGGAAGGUGGCCUGGGCGCUGUGCAGUUUGCAGGGUACUGCUUUUCCUUCAACGGACCUGGGUGAGGAGGCAGAGCUGUCCGAGCUGCAGGCAGCAGUUUGGACAGAUUACCUGGCCUGGAUGGACGACAAUCACUGGCUCACGGAGAAUCGUGAAAAAGUGGUCCGAGACACCAUUGACAUGAGCGCGAAGGCUUGGGAGCGACAGCUGGGCUGCGCCAAAGACAUCACCAUUUCCGUGAUGAAGGCGACAGUGAAGCUGAUUUGUAACUUUGCGCCAUGCUUCUCCGGUGGGUUCGUGGAAAGCACUGGAGCCUGGAUCUUGAAGCAGAUGCGGGAUCUCUACAAUGACCAAUGGAGCGUCGUGCGAGAGCACGCCAUCAGAGGCUUCUGCGCGUUGUUCCGUUACAAGGAGCAUCGGGAGAUCUUCGGCGUCCCCUUGGAAAACAGCGGCAUGUCAAAGUGCUUUCGGGAUGAUGUCGAACAGCUCGUGGAGGAGAUGCAAGCCGUGCAAGAGCAAGGGCCUGAGGAGCACAACUUCGAUGAGAUUAUGAGGCUCCUGGUGUACACACACCCGCUGGCCGACAUCUUCCAGCGUGUAGACAGCGCCGACUCAGACAACGACAACAAGCUCAAGGCCACGUUGAAGGAAAUCUUCGCUUUCUUCUGCCUUCACCAGCAACCGGAGAGCAUCUUGCGCGAUCUCCAAGCCCUGGGCAAGGCCAAGUGCCUCGAAGAGACUCACGCCAAGGCGGGCCAGGACGUCGUCAAAUGGUCUGAACGGAUCUUCGCCUGCCUUGAGGAUCAGACUCUGUGGCCACGCUCGAUCCAGCAGACCAGCAAGCAAUGGUUCCUGGGUUCCUGGAUCGUCGCGAGCCUCUUCGGGCCGAAGGUGGUCGCCACCUUUGCCAGCGGCAGCGUGUCACACCAGCGCUUGAACGCAGAGGACUCGAUGUGCUAUCACAUUUCCCGCGGCCUUCAGCAGUGGCACCAGCAG